AUGAAUGUGUGCAAAGGAAUCAAUAUUGGCGAUCACUUAUUGGUUGAGGUGAAAAAGCAGUUUUGGCUAUCUGCGCCACUUAUUGGCGUGAGCAUUCUUCAAUAUUCCCUCCAAGUCAUCUCGGUCAUGUUUGUCGGACAUCUUGGCUCACUCUCUCUGUCCGCUGCAUCCAUCGCCACCUCUUUUGCCUCUGUCACUGGCUUUACGUUCCUGAUGGGAACAGCGGGUGCGCUUGAAACACUUUGUGGCCAGUCUUACGGGGCGAGACGGUUCGGAAAUAUAGGCAUACUUAUGCAGAGGGCCAUGUGUGUUCUGUUGCUCCUCUCUAUCCCUCUGUCCAUUGUCUGGGCUAACACAGAGCAUAUCCUCGUAAUCGCCCACCAAGACAAGUCCAUCGCGAGGCUUGCUGGAUCAUACGCACGAUACAUGAUCCCGAGCAUCUUCGCCUAUGGACUUCUACAAUGCCUUAACAGGUUUCUGCAAGCACAAAACAAUGUGUUCCCUGUACUCGUGAGCUCUGGAAUUACAACUGCACUUCACGUGCUUCUAUGUUGGGCCUUGGUCUUGAAGACUGGUCUAGGACACAAGGGAGCUGCUCUUGCUAUUUCGAUCUCGUAUUGGACUAAUGUCGUUCUCCUUUCCUGUUAUGUCAAGUUCUCACCUUCUUGCUCACACACAUGGACUGGUUUCUCCAAGGAGGCUAUUAGCGAUAUUGGUGCUUUUGUGAAGCUCGGUUUUCCUUCUGCUGUUAUGGUCUGCUUUGAGAUGUGGUCGUUUGAGCUCUUGGUUCUACUGUCAGGUCUGCUCCCUAAUCCAGUUCUGGAGACAUCGGUCCUUUCAAUUUGCUUGAAUACUUCAUUAACCGUCUGGAUGAUCCCCGUUGGCCUUGGUGGCACCGCAAGUACGAGGGUGUCAAACGAGCUGGGAGCAGGGAAUCCGGAAGUGGCAAAAUUGGCCGUGCAUGUGGUUGUAACCAUUGUCAUCGCUGAGGGCCUUUUGAUCGGAUCGGUUUUGUUGCUGGUGCGGCAUAAGCUGGGAUAUGCCUUCAGCCGCGAUCCAAAAGUCAUCAAAUAUGUAGCGUCGAUGUUACCAAUUUUUGUCGCAGGCAACUUCCUUGACGGGCUCCAAUGCGUUCUAUCAGGUAUGGUUGCUAGAGGAUGUGGAUGGCAAAAAAUUGGAGCUUGUGUGAAUCUUGGCUCAUAUUAUCUUGUCGGAGUUCCGUUGGGUUUGUUACUUGGAUUCCAUUUACAUCUUGGCGGCUGGGGGCUUUGGCUGGGAAUCGUAUUCGCGCUUAUUGUUCAAGUGGUCUCUCUUUCCCUCAUCACCAUACUAACAAAUUGGGAUAACGAGGCCAAGAAAGCUUUAGGCAGAGUUGGGUCUUCUAAUCAGGCAGGCGGAGAAACAGAGUGAUCGUAAUCUGACAAAUUACGAUGGAAUAAUUAAAUUAUGUUUUCUAUCAGUAGGGACUAGUAUGAACAAGAUAUUUAUUAGACGUAUUGGUUGUCAAGUGAAUUAUUAUUGGAUUCGCAU